AUGGCAUCCGCUCCCAAAAAACAGAAGAUAUCGACUGCAUCUGCAUCUGCAAAGCCCGCAAAAAACAAGAAGAAAAAGCAAAAGAAAAUCAUCAUAACCAACACCAAUUCCUGCGACAAAAGUGAUUCAGACAACCCAUCUGACAAUGAAUCCAAAUCCAAGAAAGACCCAGCCAUUGAUACCAUGAACCUUGCCCAGAAUUCCGACUCCGAGAACGCAAAGGUUACCCAGAAGAAAAACACCCAAGGCCCCUCUGUUUCCAAGUUUGACAACGUUGGUCUGUAUUUCUUUCCCCCUGUCCGUGGCAAAGGAGAGAUGAAAACCAAACGAAACAAAGCUAACCGAAGGACCAUGUCAAUCUACAACUCAAUUUUCAAAUUUCGGGAACCUUAUCAAGUGCUUUUUGAUGCCGAUUUUGCUGUCACAGCGAUUACUCAAAAGAUGGAGGUUCAAAGUCGCUUAGCCGCCGUCCUUGGAGGAACUGUUAAACCAAUGAUUACACAAUGUUCAAUUUCGCAUUUAAUCAACUUGGCGUCCGAUGGAAGUCAGGUGGCUCAAGAAGCAGUAGACCUUACUCGCAAUCUUUGCGAGCGACGAAAGUGCAACCACUGGCAAACUAAGACAAGCUCGGUUGAGUGUAUCAAAGGAAUUCUGGGCGACACGGAGAAUCGAUUACGCUACAUAAUUUGCACCCAAGAUCCUACCUUUCGCACAUAUCUACGGGAAAAGAUAAUUGGUGUACCUAUUAUCUACGUUAAUCGGAGUGGCACCCUCCUUCUCGAAGACGAAGGGCCGGCAACCGAGUUGAGGCGCAAACAGCUGCAAGAAGAGAAACUACACGUUCCCCUCGAAGAGCUUGAGCAAUUGAAAUCGGCAGAGACUGGACUCGACUCAGGCGUCCCGGUUCAGCUCAUUCAAUCUUCAUCCGCCACGAAUCCGCAACCAACACAGCCACAAACACUAUCUACCGGUCAAACUCACUCAGCCCAUAAACUGGAAAAUAAACUGCUGAAGAACAAAAAACGAAGAUCAGGUGGUCCCAAUCCAUUGAGCGUCAAGAAGAAAAAAUCAUCCGCCACAACCAGACGUAGAACCCCCAAAGCGAAAUCAGCUUCUUCGAACGCGCCGACUCCGAAGACAAGUUCCAAAAGCUCUCAAAAGACAUCCUAG